ACGGAACUCAUCCCGCUGUGCGCUUCGUUUCGUGGCGGCGAACGGCCGGUCGAGCGCCGCCGCCCUUGGCUGGGUCUUCACUCAGUCCUUCGCCGGCGACGAGCGUCCACCUGGUGUCUACUGAACUGAGCAGACAGUAGCAAGAGCCACUAUGCUGUUCUUCUCCUACUUCAAGGAGCUCGUGGGGAAGGAGGUGACGGUGGAACUCAAGAAUGACCUGGCGAUCCGCGGGACGCUCCACUCGGUAGACCAGUACCUCAACAUCAAGCUGGAAAACACCCGCGUUGUCGACCAGGACAAGUAUCCCCACAUGCUGUCAGUGCGGAACUGCUUCAUCCGGGGCUCGGUGGUGCGGUACGUGCUGCUCCCGCAGGACGGCGUGGACGUGGACAUCCUGCACGACGCCACCAGGAGGGAGGCGCGCGGAGGCUGAUCGGCAUCGGCAUCGGCCCCCCUCACCUGUGCUGCUUCUCCCCCGGGGAGGAGAUUGAUCUGCCUUGCCCUGAUCUCGUCUGGUUGUACGAAACAUAUGCUGAUCUGAGUGGCCCCAACUCCCCCAGCACACACUUGAUCCACCACCCACCCAGCUCCCUGCCUGGUACUUGCAUGUUCCUUGCUGUGUGUGUGUGUGUUCAGCACACACUUGAUCCA